AAAUGAACUACAUCAACCAAAAAGAAACAGAAGGGUGUGAUGGGAAUGAGGUCAUCGCAAUCGGAGGCUCACUUGCUCAGGGCAGACCGUGAAUCCGGAAACUACCUCCCGUCGGCCGAUUGGCCCAUCCGCAUCGACGUUGCUGAUGAAAUCAGCUGAAGCUUCUAAUAUGCAAUUAGGAUCGGAAUCUAACGGGAUGAGGUCACAGGAAGAGGCUGAAGCAGGAUGUCCUUUGAAGGUUCAUGAGAAGAGAUCUCUACCAGAUUGCACUAAUAAUGCGGGUUCUGGCUGUGAAGAUCAACUCAGGGAUCGUGUUGAACAGCAAUUUGAAUCCCCUGCCAGUAAGAAGCUGCUCGUUCAGCCAAAGUCUGAUAAAUCUCAAAUAGAAGUAGGGGGUCGACUUGCCGGGGAGAAUAUGGAUCAAAGCAAGGAUGCCGCUGAUUGUGCAAGUCAGUUAUGUAAUUUGCCUGAUGAUCUUCUUCUCCGAAUCCUCUGUUUCCUUCCACUAAAGGAUGCUGUGAAGACGAGUGUCUUAUGUAAAAGGUGGGGCCACCUGUGGGCCUUGGUUCCUGACCUUCGGUUCAGCUGUUAUUUCUUCCCUAUGCACCAGAGGCCGCUCUUCAUGGAGUUGGUGAGAAGAGCCUGUGCUCUUCGCAGAGGAUCUUUUAUCAGAUCGUUUUCUCUCUCAUAUUACGAAAUGUCGGAUGUUGUAUCCGAGAUCAAGGAAAUGAUUACUUCUUUUGUAACAACAUGCGGCAUGCAGGAUCUCCGUCUGGAUCUCCUCAACUGUGGAAAUGCUUAUACGUUACCUUCCUCCAUAUUUAGCUGUGGAACCUUGGAAAUGCUUCGGGUGCGAUCGCGUUGCAUCAUCAAAAUCCCUUAUCCAAUUUCUCUUUCCAACCUCAAGGUCUUGAUUCUCCAGGAUGUUAUAUUUGAGGACGAUGAUUCGGUGGAGAAGUUGUUCUCCUCUCCAUUACUUGAAACUCUAGAAAUCUCGUACUGCAAUUGGAUGAAAUGCAAAAGCAUAAACAUCUUUGCCCCCAAGCUUCAACAUUUAACUAUCUAUAGUGAUAUUGAGCCAGGAGAUGAUAUUUCAAAUGAACGCCAAGUACAGAUCGAUGCAGCUGGUCUGAAAUCCUUUCACUGUGAGGGUAUGAUCAAUGAUGAAUAUUGCAUAUUGGGAGACACAACACGGCUAGUCGAGGCCAAGCUGCUUUAUGCUCCAUCUGAUAUAAGAGAGGAAGUUAUUGCUGAUAUUGUUGUGGCCCGUAAUGUUAAGCUCCUGUGGUUCGUCUCUAACGUGAAGGAGUUAACUCUACACAUUGAACUUAUCAAGGUCCUUGCCAACAGGGAUGAUGUGCCCCUUUUCGGGAGUUUGAUCAAGUUACGAAUGGUUGGUGAAAUAGAUUCUGUGGCUGUUGAGGGUCUUUUUGCAGUACUUAGAGGAUCUCCUCGACUUCGAAGUCUCUACUUUACACGGGAAUUCUUCUAUUAUCCAGUGAACGGAAGGCAUGGAUUGCUAGACCCAAUGCCUUCGUGUUUCCUGUCGGAUCUCAAAGAGAUCUCAGUCAUGAUUGCCGGCAGUGUUUAUAAUCAGAAGCAGCUUUUCAUGGUAGGGCUUUUCCUUGAGACAGUAGUGGCAUUGGAGGAAAUGACUAUCCGAUUCUUGGAGGAUCAUGUGGAUUGUGAGGUUCUGCUGGAGGAUUUAAGCAAGUUCCCGUUAGCUUCUGAAAAAUGUCGAAUCACAUUCCAACCGCAACAAUGGUGUUGAGAUUGGAUAUCCUGGAGAGUUGAUUUAGGCCAUUUCAAUGUUUGACUCGAUAAUAUAUACAUACAUACAUAUAUAUAUAUACAUACACACAUAUACAUAUACAUAUAUGUGUGUGUGUAUAUGAGGAUAUUUCAUCUUUUUGUUGUCAAAACUGUGUCCUAUUGUAAUUCUGGUCUCCUCUCUAGCAAUUUCAUGGAUCAGGCUAACGUUUGAUUGUUA